AAUAUGCCGGAAAUCUUAGGUCGGGGCCCAUCCAUGUGAAACUGGUUUCAAUUCCAACUCAAUCGGAAACACCCCAUUUAAUCAAUGGGGGUAGAGCGUAUCUUGUCUAUCUGGAAUACACGUAAGUAGUGAUAUUUGGGGGAAAACAAGAGGUGGUUGGUUUUUGCGCCGCUGCAUCAGGCCGUGAUAGGUCUUUGAUGUGUAUCAUGAUUAUAGGGCACAUGUUGUAACACGCCUGAAAUCAAGAAACAAAUCGGUGUUCAUAACAGGGGGAAAAUGGAGGGUGGGUAGGAAGGAGAACUUGUUUUGAGGCAUUAGAAAUGAACUGGUAUCUGUCAACAAUGGAGGUUCGGAGGUGCUUGGGUUUAUUACUUUGGUGGGUGUUCAUGUUUUUUGGGUUGGUGUUCGUUGGCUGCCUUGGGCAGACGGAUGCCUCAGAUUCGAAGGUGAUGUUGGAGCUCAGAAAUGGCUUGAAGGAUGCAGAAUCUAAGUUGGGUUGGAAGGGAUUGGAUCCCUGUAGUUGGGUAAGUGUGUCAUGCUCUAAUGGCAGGGUUGUGGGGAUUCAGAUGCAAAACAAAGGUGUUGAAGGAGAGCUUCCUUCAGAUUUUAAUAAGUUAACCGCCUUGAGCAACAUUGGCUUCCAGAACAACCUGUUAAGUGGUGCAUUGCCCACCUUUAAGGGCAUGAGUGCUCUGCAGUAUGCUUUUCUCAAUGGCAACAAAUUUUCAUUCAUUCCGCCUGAUUUUUUCUCUGGGCUGAAAAGUUUGGAAGUCAUUGCGCUCGAUGAAAACCCUUUGGCUCCUUGGUUGAUCCCUGACAACGUUAAAGAGGCUGUGAAUCUGGCAAACUUUACGGCUAGCUAUGCCGGAAUUGUGGGUUCGAUUCCUGAGUUUUUGGGCGACUCGCUGGCCAAUUUGCAGGUUUUAAGCCUCGCCUUCAACAAUUUAACGGGACCUAUUCCAAAAAGUUUCUCCAGUUCGAUUAUUGCGACGCUGUGGCUGAAUAACCAGGUGGGUUCUAAGCUGUCUGGGGCGAUUGAUGUAGUGGCUGGAAUGAGCUCUCUUUCGCAGCUGUGGCUUCAGUCCAAUGAGUUUACAGGCCCCAUUCCCGACCUCACCAAGCUGACGGCUCUACAGGAUCUCCGUCUGCGGGACAAUCAGUUAACUGGGGUCGUUCCUUCUACUCUGAGCAGCCUUCCUUCGUUGGGCAACAUUUCGCUGAUCAACAAUGCCUUGCAAGGGCCUUAUCCCUUUUUUCCCAAUACUGUAGGCGCGGUGAUUGGAACCGCCACCGAAAACAGCUUCUGUCUCCCUGCUCCUGGAAAAUGCGAUGCAAGGGUCAAUAUUUUGCUGGAGUUCGCCAAUGGCGUAGGGUAUCCUUAUAGUUUUGCUUCUAAUUGGAAAGGAAAUGAUCCUUGUAAUAGCUGGAUAUAUGUAAGAUGUGACUCUGCGGGGAAUGUUAUUGUGUUGAGUAUGGGUAGGUUAGGGUUAAGCGGUAUCAUUUCGCCUGCACUGGCGGAGCUUGCGUCUUUGAAGACUUUGCUAUUGGGGAACAAUAAUUUAACCGGGGAAAUACCCAGCGAGCUUGCUUCGUUGCCCAGUUUGCAAAAAUUGGAUUUGAGUAACAAUAAUUUGACAGGCAAUGUUCCGAAAUUCAGAGAUGGGGUGGUUGUGAUCAUGAAUGGAAAUCCACAGUUGGGGACAAAUUCAGGUUCAGGUGGUGCGGACGCUCCUUCUGCUCGUACGCCUAGUACGCCCAGUGGGUCUCCAGGUGCUUCGAACAAAACCAGUGAGGGUGGAGGAGGUUCUGGUGGUGUGGAGAAAAGAAAGGGCUCCUCCUCUAUGGGUACCGUUGUGGGUUCGGUUGUAGGUGGGCUUGUUGGACUUGGCAUAAUUGUGGGUGGUUUAGGCUUAUGUUUACAUAGAAAGAGAAAAUCUGGAUCUGGGCGGGUGAGAAGCCCAAAUACAAGAGCAUCAGUGUUUAGUGUUAAUCUUCAACCUCAAGGCUCUGGGUCGGAUCCGGAGAUGCUUAAGACCACAAGCUUGAACUCCACAAUGACCCGUGGUGGCGAUUCGUCUAGCAGUGGACCUAGCGAUGUACACAUGGUGGAAGCAGGCAAUAUGAUUAUUUCAAUCCAGAUUCUUCGCAGCGUUACCAAUAAUUUCAGCGAGGAGAAUGAGCUUGGACGUGGUGGGUUUGGGGUUGUCUACAAGGGGGAGCUGCAUGAUGGGACCAAGAUUGCAGUGAAGAGAAUGGAAGCAGGGGUUAUGAGCAACAAAGGUUUUAAUGAAUUCCAGGCAGAGAUUGCUGUUCUCACCAAGGUCCGCCAUAGGCACUUGGUUGCAUUGCUUGGCUACUGCAUUGAGGGCAGUGAGAGGCUUCUGGUUUAUGAAUACAUGCCGCAAGGUCCUCUCAGUCGGCAUUUGUUUGAGUGGGAAAAACACAAUCUUAAACCGAUGCCUUGGACAAAUAGACUCAUUGUCGCGUUGGAUGUUGCCAGAGGGGUAGAGUAUCUUCACAGCUUGGCACAAAAGAGUUUCAUUCAUAGAGAUCUCAAGCCAUCUAACAUACUUCUUGGGGAUGACAUGAGAGCUAAAGUCUCAGACUUUGGGCUUGUCAGGCUUGCACCCGAAGGAAAGUACUCCAUUGAAACCAGAUUGGCUGGCACUUUUGGCUAUCUUGCACCUGAAUAUGCUGUAACCGGUCGUGUAACAACAAAAGCUGAUGUUUUCAGCUUUGGAGUGAUACUCAUGGAGCUGAUCACAGGAAGAAGAGCUCUUGAUGAAUCACAGCCUGAGGAGAGCAUGCAUCUAGUCACAUGGUUUAGACGAAUGCAUAUCAACAAAGAAACAUUCAGAUCUGCCAUUGACAGUGCCUUAGAAGUUUCAGAGGAGACUCUGAAGGGCAUUUUUACUAUUGCAGAACUUGCAGGGCACUGCACUGCACGAGAACCCUACCAGCGCCCAGACAUGGGUCAUGCGGUUAAUGUGCUAUCUCCUCUGGUUGAGCAAUGGAAACCGACAGAUGCAGAGAACGAGGAUUAUUAUGGAAUAGAUUUGGACAUGACUCUUCCUCAGGCACUGAAAAAAUGGCAGGCGUUUGAGAAUUCUAAUAUGGAUGAUUCCGUAACAAGCAUGGACAAUACCCAAUCGAGUAUUCCCACUAGACCGGCUGGCUUUGCGGAUUCCUUUACCUCCACUGAUGGUCGAUAGGCGGACCUUAUUCCCAGGCUAUGCAGUAUGAGUUAAAGCAGAGUCAGAUGGUGCUUCCAGAAUUCUGGUUAUGCCCAGUGUGUGAGAAUCAGCAUAGGACUUUUUAUCCUAGAAAGUCUGUUCAAGGUUCUGGUUUUUCUGGGUCAAAGAAGCUUGAUACAAUUUUUGAUAUUUUAGAAGACUUCUCAUUUCAAUCAGUUGGAAAUAUGUACACAAGAAGAAAAGCAAGAUGAUGAGGAUAGCUACAGCCACCUCAAGAUUGAUGCAUAAUGGAUGCAUCAUGCCUCAUGCCUCAUGUAUCAAUGAAGGCUUACAUUUGGGAACACCUGUGGUGGUAGCAUCUUAUGGCAGGGGCUACAUUUAGCUCAGUUCCUGCGAACUGUUUCCAAUGUAGGCUUGAAAUUGUACAGCGAUUUCCGUAUCCAAGGAGAAUUUUAUCAGAGUCCGAAUGUGCAAUCAGAUUGAUUUGUUUUUACCGUUUUAUUAAGAGUUUUAUCCAGCGGAAGGUUUAUCAGGAAUCAGGGUAGUGUUUGCAUGAAUAUCAACUUUUAAGUUAGUAAAAUGCUGGUUACCUCGCAUGUAACUUUGAUAUUUUUUGUGGAUGUAGAAAGGAUAAGCUCAGAGUCCAUCUUUAGUUUUGUUAUUUUUUGAAUCAUCAAACUCUACCUUGUCAAUGAAAUCUUAUUUAUAAUAGGAAAAUGCAUUCCAUCU